AAUAACCUCCGUUCGCAGCCAAGAGCCGGGGAGACUGGCGUGGUAGAGCCCGCCUUCCAUCCAUCGCGCGGCGGCGGCGACGAUGCGCUCGCCCUCGUCGCGCGCGACAGGUCGUAAAAUUAGAAGACGUUCCGGGCGAGCGUGUGCCGCGCGUAUCGCCCACCGCGGCGGCGGAGGCCCCGCGGGUGUGACAGUGCGCGCGACGGGAGUGCGGUGUUCCAUAGUUCCUCCGCUGCGCGCGAGUGCCUGGGAUCCGCGAGGCCGAUCGCCGACCGGGCGGAGAAACGGCGCGGCGCCCCCCGUCGUUUCUACUAGCUCGUCGCCGAGCGCGCGAGUGCAACCCCUUCUAGUCCGCCGCAUUUACGGAGGACCGCCGCUUUUCCGCGGCCUCCGGCAAGUAUAAUUAGUGGAAUUGAUUCGCGCGCGUGCGAAAGCGGCGCGUGCCCGUCCCAACAAGGACUCCGAACACUCGCACAGGUCCCCGUUGAGCACGUGACAUCCUGGAUCCUCGUCCCGAAGCCGCCGUGAUCUCGACGGAGCGGCAUGUUCUCCGCAGCGUCCGGCGAAAGCGCGUCGGAAAAGAGCGCGGUGAGACGCUGAUCGCACGCACGGACACGCUCGCGCGUACUCGAUGACGAGUCUCGACGGGGCCAGAUAGAACGGACGCGAAACAAAUGGGCACCAAUGAUUAGCUUGGCCCUGUCGGCGGCGGCAAGCAGGAUCGAGAUGCCCCUCUCCAAAGCGAAUCCGUUCGUGCAGGCGGGCGCGAUCUCGACGCAGCCGUACAUCUCGAGCAGCGAGAGCAGCAACCACCUGCCGCCGAUCAUCAAGGGUACCGGGCUGACCGGCCUCAAGCAGACCAGCGGCGGCGGUGGCGGCGGUGGCGUGGGUGGCGGCGACGAGCCGGUGCCUUACGCGGGUUACCAGAGGCUACCGUGGAGAGGCGAGAGCUACGGCCUGAGUAAUUGGCCGGUGAGUCACAAUUCCAGCCACAACUCGCAUUCGCAACCCAACAGCCAGUCGAGCAGCCCAGUGGUGAGAAACGGCCGUUCCGACGGUAACUCCAACAGCGGUCCGAAAACGGCGACCAUCACGCCGGACAUGGUGAUGAAGCUCUACAUGAACAAGCUGACGCCGUACGAGCACCACGAGAUCUUCAACUACCAGGAGAUCUACUUCAUCGGCGCGAACGCGAAGAAACGACCGGGCAUCAUCGGCCGGCCGAACAACAACGAGUACGACAACGAACAGGGCUCGUACAUCCACGUGCCGCACGAUCACGUCAUGUACCGGUACGAGGUGCUGCGCGUAAUCGGCAAGGGCUCGUUCGGCCAGGUGGUCAAGGCCUACGAUCACAAGAUGCACGAGCACGUGGCGCUCAAGAUGGUGCGCAACGAGAAGCGCUUUCACCGUCAGGCGCACGAGGAGAUACGUAUACUGCGCAAGCUGCGCGAGCAGGACAAGGACAACACCAUGAACAUCAUCCACAUGUUCGACUCGUUCACCUUCCGCAACCAUAUGUGCAUCACCUUCGAGCUACUCAGCAUCAACCUGUACGAGCUCAUCAAGAAGAACAACUUCAAGGGCUUCAGUUUGCAGCUCGUGCGCAAGUUCUCGCACUCGCUGCUCCUCUGCCUCGACGCGCUCUACAAGAACAAGAUCAUACACUGCGACAUGAAGCCGGAAAACGUGUUGCUCAAGCAGCAGGGCCGCAGCGGCAUCAAGGUGAUAGAUUUCGGUUCCAGCUGCUACGAGAAUCAACGGGUAUACACCUAUAUCCAGAGUCGUUUCUACCGCGCGCCGGAAGUGAUAUUGGGUGCGAGAUAUGGGAUGCCGAUCGACAUGUGGAGCCUUGGUUGCAUCCUGGCGGAGCUGUUCACCGGUUUCCCGCUACUGCCGGGUGAGGACGAGGCAGACCAGUUGGCGUGCAUCAUCGAGAUGCUAGGCAUGCCGCCGCAGCGGCUGCUACAGAACUCAAAACGAUCGCGUCAGUUCAUCAGCUCGAAGGGCUACCCGAAGUACUGCACCGCGACGGCAAUGCCGGACGGCACGACAGUGCUAAGCGGGGGUCUAUCGAGACGAGGGAAGCUGCGCGGUCCACCGGGCUCGCAUGAUCUCGAGCGAGCCCUGAAAGGCUGCGACGACGUGCUGUUUCUGGACUUUCUCAGACGUUGCCUCGUGUGGGAGCCGGAGUGUCGGAUGACGCCGAACAAGGCGUUGAGGCACCCGUGGCUGCGCCGGCGACUACCGAGGCCGCCGGGCGAUAAGAACGACACGCUACCGGCGGUGACGUCGGCGCAGCCCGCGACCACCGGCGGCGGUCCCACCCUGAGAACGUCCGCGUCCGGCAGCAGGAGUUCCAGUAAGACCAAUAGUCUGCAGAGCAGCAAUAACGCCAGCGACGACAUCGCGACGAGCAAGACGACGGGUCAGCAGAGGGGAAACCGUUUGGUCGAGGACGUGGUGUCCGCUUACGCGAGUUACGCGUCGGCGUACGGCGCGUCCCAAUUACACGGUACUUGGGGCACAACAGGGGGAUUGAGCAGUAGCGGUCACCAAUCGCUCAACUCUAUCAGUGGCACCGGUGGUGGCGGCGGUGGCGGUGGUGGUGGCAGGAGCUCCUCCAGCAAGACCAACAGUCUACAGGGGGGCAACAACACCAGCGACGAUAUUUCCGCGAGCAAGACGACGGGUCAGCAGAGGGGAAACCGUUUGGUCGAGGACGUGGUGUCCGCUUAUGCGAGCUACGCGUACGGCGCGUCCCAGCUGCACGGCGGCACCUGGGGCACGACGGGCGGACUGAGUAGCGGCCAUCAGUCGCUCAAUUCCGUCAGUAGCAGGAGCUCCAGCAAAACGAACAAUCAAUUGCAGAGUGGUAAUAAUGCGUCGAGCGGCGACAUUCCCGCGAGCAAGACCGAACGUCAGCAGCAGAGGGAGCGCGCAAGCGAGUUGCCGGUGACGAUCUUCGAUCCCUAUCCUCUCGGAUCUUACGGUUGUCUGUCCGAGUCCCAAUUGCACGCUAGCCAUCGGUCGAACCAGAGUAGCAGCCAUCAGUCGCUCAAUUCUGUCGACGGUGCGACGACCGGCAAGUCGCAGCGCGCUCGCCAGACACACCAGACGCAGCAGCAGCAGCAGCACAAUAACAAUGGCGCGUCGCACGACAGCUACGGCUCUCAUGGCUCCUCGAGCAGCUCCAGCCGGUUGGUGCUCUCGUUCCAGCCGGGGAUCCAGGAGAUCCUCGAGGAGCUGAGACAAUAGGCCAGGACGUAACGUCAAUCGUCCUUUUCUCCUGCCUCCUACUCGCUCGCUCGCUCGCUGCCGUUUUCAGUAUCGCUACUGACGAGCGUUUUGUCACGUGAUGAUCGGCGCGGUUUCCUCGCCGACGGGAGGAAACGCGUAAUGCGGAAACAAAGAUGAUUCGGUCCCGGUCACCUAAUGUGAAACUCGGCUGUGUCUCGCUGCCUGCCGUUCGGACGACGUCCGAGCUGCGCUACCUCGACCCCUAACGUCGAGGAGGGUUACUCGCGGUCGAAAGGGCAGCCUGUCUCAUCAUCGAUCUCGGAUACACCACUGUGAUUCGCAUCGCGUACGUUCGUCGCGAUGCGGCUAGUUGUCGAUGCGGGCCGCGAGUCGGUUAUAAUCUGGUGAGAAGAAGCGAGAUGUAUUCUAUGAAAUGCGCCACUUCGUAUGGAGCGUUCAUUAAAAAUUUACAGGCAAACGUUCAUAACGUUUUCCAAGAAAAAUCUCACGAGUCCAAAAAAAAAAACUGUUGAGCGAAGAAAGACUCAUUUUCGCGGAUUCGUCACUGAUAUUAUAACUGGUUUCACGCCUCACGUCUAGUCUAGCGCUACAUAGUCGGUUGCUUGGUAUCCUCGAAAUCGUACCACGUACCUCCAGCGACGUCGCUUCGCGUUGCUCUCUCGUCCGCUCGUUUCGAGAUUUAUUCCCGCUGCCAUUGUCUCCGCCGUGAAAAUACGCUUUUCGGUAAGAGGUGAAUUUUUUCGCUGCGACAAUACCAUGAAAACUCUAGUAAAGCGUCAGAAAUCCUCGUGAAUGGAGUAUGAGAACGAUUCACCGCGCUAUUGUAUGUCUUAAAUCGUCUUAAAACACUUGUUAUCGAGUUUCUAAAUCGCGGAGUCGAUCUCGACACAACACGACUGUUAUUUAGCGUCCGGUUGUUUCACGUCCCUUUGCGAAGCUAGACUUUACACUUUGCUCGAACAAAACGUAAAGUCCAAGUUUUCAAAGACACUUGAGGUCUGUGUAACGACUAAUUAACGGGACGGAUAAGUACAGACGCGUAUCAGACAAAUUUUACCAUUGGAUUGGUAAUUGAUCGCGAUGUACAAUGCAAUACGCGAGUCAUUCGUUUCUCCCCAUCGACGCGAUUUAUUUUUCCUCAACACAAUCGAUUUCAGCGGAGAUAAGAUGGCAGGCCGUGUCGGAUUGAUCGCAAACAGAAGUCAGCUGAGUUCAAACGGGCUCGUCGAUUGACUCGCAUUUACAUAAGUCUCGGUUCGCGAGUCAUCAUUAAGUAAUGCACAAUCGUCGUCGAUUGUCUCUCGCGGGCCGCGAUGGUUGCGCGGAAGUAGUUCGGAUGACCUGGGGGUCAUUGUGCCAAGGGAAGCCCGGGGAAACCGCGACGGCUCGAUAGGUCGUACGUGAUGCAGCACGUUAGAUAUAUCGUCGUGUCGCGAUGUCACCGACGACGACGGCGACGGCACAUGUGUAGCGAUUCGCUCGCGAUAGGCGCGAUCUAAUGACGAGGAGGCUCGAUUGAAUAGAACAAUCUACCGCUGAUCAUAAAGACGCUCGUCCUCUCCUUUUUUCUCUCCGGACCGGAAGAGAAUAUACCCGAAAUGCGCAUUUCCGUCGGCCGAUGCGACAAUAGUUCGAGCGAGAAUCGCGCGAACCGUUUACAAAAGGUUCACUGAUCGACCAAAUCGAUUAGCACUUGAAGAAGAACAUUGUACAAAUGUACGCUUUGUAGUUUUUACAAAUUUUCUUGUAAUUUUAUUUUAUAUGUUUUUUCUGUACUGUAUGCGUUUAGAUAUUAGUAUUAAUUUUUUAGUCUAUUAAAAUCGGACGCGUUACGCAAAUUAUUACAACCUUUUUUCGCAAUCGUCGAAACGAGUGAUAAAGUAUUUUCUUUUUAAUUCGUUUGAUUGUUGUAAUUAAUUAUGCGCUUCUACUUCAUUAUCCUGUUUUCCGUCUUUAUUAUUGUAAUUAAAGAUCUUAUUAUGCGGCUCUAGUAGGGAACAGAUAGAGGGAGCCUGCCUUCCCUGCAUCAAAUUGCUCAUUACACGGAUCCAUUAGUGAUGAAUUAUGAACACUCAUUAUGGUUUCAGCCAAACUCCAAGUUCAGUCGAUUCUGAAACAGGUCUUGAUUAAAAGCAAGUACGGCGAACCGGGGAAACGCCGGGAAAGUAUCGCAUUUGACGGGCUGGCGUUGUAUCCCGCUUACUUUACACAGUCUAGCGUUUAAUCCGAUACGAUGAACGGCGCGACGCGCAAUUUACGACGAGAAGAAUCGCGCCCGGUUUGUUAACUUCUCUCGGCUUCUUCUCGGCUAACUGGGUUAAUUCCCGCCCUCCCCCUCCGCCCGUGCAUUCUCGUCUCGAUGCCUCAUUAUUCGCUGCGUACACUUAAUCGAGACAGAAACGCCCGGGUGUGCAGCGGCGGCUUUCUAUCGCUCGCGGUUCUCGCUCGCGCUUCUUCACGCACCAUCCGUCUUUCACGUCCUUCUCUCCCUGACAGGCACGUUCGUUCAGUUGGGUCUCGCGGACCGCGACGUCUCUGUAGCGAAAAAUCCGGUUUAAAGGACGCGCGACAAAGAACCACGUCCGAAAAUAAAAGGGAUUUCCCGUGCUCGCGCGGGGUGAACGACUCCAGUGUCCUACGGCCGUUUUAGUUCCGCAUUAUUGUCGGAUCCCCUUGUACACCCGCCAUUGAAUGGGCGGCUUUUAUAUAUGUAAAACGAUGAGAUAGAUUUUUAUAUUUGCUUUCAGAAAAAAGGAGCGCAUAUAUUUUUGCAAUGAUUCGCAUUGAUAGUAUUUACGUAAUGUAAAUAAUUUCUAUGUGAAAGCCGUUUCAAUACACCCGUAGCAUCAAUUCAUCACCUGUCAAUAGUUGUCAGUCAAACAUUAGAAAUUAUUCUGUCGUUUGUAACUGUAAUUGACUGUAAAUUGAAAACUUUUUAUUUAAUUAUUAAUUUUCGCUGUAAGGAAGGAGCAACUUGAGUAGUUAUUUUUAUUGUGCUCUAACGAUUGUCCCAUGAAUAUUUUAGAAGCAUGUCAGAAACAAAACACUUUUUACCAAGUAACUCUUUUUGGAAAUCGACAGAACGUUUUGUGAAUAUUUAUUUGUAGGAGAAAAUGUAUAAGAGUGUUGUACGAAAAGAAAAGACAAACGAGAACUGGAUUCAAGCCGGUACCAAUGAACGAUCUCUUGCUGUAAUAAUUUCAUUUAGAUGCAAAUAUAUUGUUGGUCACAAUC